AUGCUCGUCAUGGUUCACAUUGACGAGAAGUGGUUCUUUCUCACCCAAGUGAACCGGAACACGUCCAAGGUGGGAUCCUCGACGACGAAAGACGUGGGAUGGAAAGAUUGGAACUUGGGCGUUCGUUGA